AUGGACCACGCAAGCAAGAAGCGCAAAUCCUCCACCUCCCUCGACCAGCCAGCCAAGAAGCCGCGUCCGCCGCCGCCCGCCGACGCGCACGCCGCACAAGACUCGCCGCUCUGCCAGCCGCACGCGGCCAUGCUCGGGGCCCUGGCCGCCAAGUACGACGUGCUGCCGGCGUCCAUCAUUUCCUCGACGCCGAUCCGCAAGCGCGUGGUGCGCGUCACGACGCACCUCCUCAGCCCCGACGGGCAGAAGCCCCGCGUGGUGCUGCUGCACGGGCGCGUCCCCGAGACCUGCAAGCUCAUUACCGUGGCGGAAAUGUGCAAGCGGCUGCUGUAUGUGCAUGACUGCCCGGCGUGGUACCAGUACAAUCAGCUGUUUGAACUGCCACCGGGUGACGCGGAGCGCGGCCGGCGAAAGGCCAGCAAACACGUCGUGGAGGAGACGGUGCUGCAGGGGGAGGAGAGGGACGAGGAAGAGGACGAGGACGAGAGUGAUGCGUUUGAGACGAUGCAGUCGAGGUUUGAAAACGCGGUGCUGCCACCGACUCCGGACAGGACGACCAAGUCGUUGCGGAUAUUCCUGUCUACGGUGCCCAUUCCGGAGCUCAAAGCCACAGACGGCGUGUCGGUGCAAACCAGUGAAACGUCAGACGCGGAAUAA